CAAUGGGAAACUUACCAGUUCCCUGCCAUUUUCUGUUAAGCUGCUAGGUGCCACGGCGAUUGAGGACAAGUUACAAGACGGAGUGCCACAGACAAUUGAGACUCUUGCCAAAGCCAACAUUAAGAUAUGGGUUCUCACUGGAGACAAGCAAGAGACGGCAAUGAACAUUGGUUACUCCUGCAACUUGCUGAAUGAUGACAUGGAAGAUGUUUUCAUUAUCGAAGGCAGCACAUCUGAUGACGUACUCGAUGAGCUGAGGAACGCAAGGAAAAAGAUGAACCCAGACUCCUUUCUCGACACUGAUGAAGUCAACAUUCAGUUUGAAAAAUCUUCAAAAACACCAAAAAUCAUACCCGACGAGAAAGCAAAUGGGGUGUACGGUCUGGUUAUCACUGGCCACAGCCUGGCCUACGCGCUGGAAGGCAACCUGGAGCUGGAGCUGGUGAGAACGGCCUGCAUGUGCAAAGUGGUGAUCUGCUGCCGGGUGACCCCGCUGCAGAAGGCUCAGGUGGUGGAGCUGGUGAAGAAGUACAAGAAGGCUGUGACCUUGGCAAUCGGGGACGGUGCCAACGAUGUCAGCAUGAUCAAAACUGCCCACAUUGGGGUUGGCAUCAGUGGCCAGGAGGGGAUGCAGGCGGUCUUGUCCAGUGACUUCUCCUUCGCACAGUUCCGUUACCUGCAGCGCCUGCUCUUAGUCCACGGCCGGUGGUCCUACAUCCGCAUGUGCAAGUUCCUCAAGUACUUCUUCUACAAGAAUUUUGCCUUCACGUUGGUGCAUUUCUGGUAUGGCUUCUUCUCUGGCUUCUCAGCACAGACUGUUUAUGAUGAGUGGUUCAUUACGCUUUACAAUUUGGUAUAUACCUCCCUUCCGGUGCUAGGAAUGAGCCUCUUCGAUCAGGAUGUGGAUGAUCGUUGGAGCAUGCUGUUUCCUCAGCUAUAUGUACCUGGCCAGCAAAACCUCUACUUUAACAAAAUGGUGUUUGUCAAGUGCAUGUUGCAAGGGAUCUAUAGUUCCCUCAUUCUCUUCUUCAUCCCCUAUGGGGCCAUGUACAACACAAUGAGAAGUGAUGGGAAGGCCAUUGCUGACUACCAGUCCUUUGCACUGAUGGCCCAGACCUGCUUACUGAUUGUAGUGUCCGUACAGAUUGGCUUGGACACCUCUUACUGGACAGUUGUGAAUCAGUUCUUCAUCUGGGGCAGCCUUUCUGUUUACUUUGCUAUCACCUUCACCAUGUACAGUGACGGCAUAUACCUGAUCUUCACAGCCUCCUUUCCAUUCGUUG